UUUAAUAUAUAGUAGAAACCUCCCUCAGAAUUGAAGUCCAGUCAUGGCCGCCGAACUCGAAUUAAAAAUUUAAUGUAAACGAUACAGUGACCACAAUCAACUUAAUUAUAUACAUAUCCAAGUUUAAAUGUUGGUAUUUUAUUCCGGGAGCAUAGCUUGCAUGAAUGGAUUCUGCUAUGGCAUUCAUAUCCAAUUUGUUAGUGUUGCAUAUUCUUUGUUUGUCAACUUCUUAUCCAUUUUCAUCUUCUAUGCCUGACACUUUGGGUGAAGGCUUGUCUCUCUCUAUCGAUAAACCAAGCGACGUUUUAACUUCACGAGAAGGAGUUUUCACCGCCGGCUUUUUCCCGGUCGGAGACAAUGCAUAUUGCUUCGCCAUAUGGUUCAGCGAGCCAUCCUACUACAACGACGACAAUCGGGCCGUCGUUUGGAUGGCAAAUCGUGACAGCCCGGUCAAUGGAAGACGCUCGAAGCUGACCCUCCUCAAAACAGGUAAUCUUAUAUUGACCGACGCCGGUAAGGCAACCGUUUGGUCCACAGGCACCGCCUCUCUCUCAUUGACCCGGUUGCAGCUCUACAACUCCGGCAAUCUUGUUUUAUUCAGUUCCGAAGGUGUCGUUUUAUGGCAAAGCUUUGAUUGGCCUGCAGAUACCCUUCUUACGGAGCAACCACUCACCAGAUCCGUAGAGCUUGUCUCGUCCAGAAGCCCGACCAACUUGUCCUCUGGUUUCUACAAGCUUUUCUUUGACAACAACAAUGUUCUAACUCUGCUAUAUGACGGUAUCGAGAUUUCGAGUGUAUACUGGCCAUACCCAUGGCUUAUAAGUACGGAUGCUGGAAGGUCCACUUACAAUAACAGUAGAAUUGCCAUACUCGAUUCCUUUGGGAAUUUUACUUCUUCUGAUGAUUUUACAUUUGUGUCGGCGGAUUAUGGUGUGAGAAUGCAGAGAAGGUUGAAGAUUGAGUACGAUGGUAAUUUGCGAUUGUACAGUCGAAAAAAUGCAGGAGAGCGUUGGGUUUUUUCAUGGGAAGCAUAUCCAAGAACAUGCAAUAUUCAUGGCAUUUGUGGAGCUAACAGCAUCUGUAAUUACGUUCCUGGUGGUAGGGAAUGCUCUUGUAUUCCAGGAUAUAAGCUGAGGAAUCAAACUGAUUGGUCCUACGGUUGUGAGCCACAAUUCAAGCUUUCCUGCAACAAAAAUGAGUCUAAAUUCCUCCCACUCGACAGUGUUGAAUAUUAUGGGUAUGACUACGGCUUCUUCCCCAACUAUACGAUUUCCGAAUGCGAGGAUUUAUGCUUGCAAUUGUGUAACUGCAUGGGGUUCCAAUUCACAUUUUACGAGGACAAUGGUUAUUCUAAUUGUUACCCCAAGACUAUGUUGCUCAAUGGAUACAGAGCAGCAUCGUUUCCAGGAACAUUGUAUUUGAGGCUCCCCAAAACCUUCCUUCUUUCCGACAGUAACAUCUCUAGUUUAAACUGCUUGGGUCAAGGAAUUAAGCAACUGGACAGAAUGUAUACCAAAGGCCAUACCAAUGAAUUCGUGCAAUUCAUGCUCUGGUUUGCUUGUGGAUUGGGUGGAUUUGAAGUUCUCUGUUUUCUUUUGGUGUGGUACUUACUACUUACAAGUCACCAAAACUCGGAUGCAGAUGUAGGACGCUACUUUCUUGCUGCAACUGGAUUCAGAAGAUAUAGCUUUGCAGAGCUACACAAGGCCACAAAGGGAUUUAGCGAAGAGAUUGGAAAAGGUGCAGGAGGAAUUGUUUAUAGAGGUGUGUUGCCGGAUGCUCGAGUUGCAGCAAUCAAGAGACUAAACGAAGCUAAUCCAGUGGAAGCUGAAUUUCUAGCAGAAGUGAACACCAUUGGUAGGCUUAAUCACAUGCACUUGAUAGAGAUGUGGGGAUAUUGCGCGGAGGGAAAACAGAGACUUUUGGUGUAUGAGUAUUUGGAGAAUGGAUCACUAAAACAAAAUUUAGAUAGCAAUACGGUUGGUUGGGACAAGAGGAUCGAGAUUGCAGUGGGAACAGCAAAAGGCCUUGCUUACUUGCAUGAAGAGUGCUUGGAGUGGAUUUUACACUGCGAUGUAAAGCCUCAAAACAUUCUUCUAGACUCCAAUUAUCAGCCGAAGAUAGCAGAUUUCGGCAUGUCUAAACUACUUAAAAGAGGGGAGCUUAACAAUUCAAGCUUGUCCAGGAUUAGAGGAACCAGAGGCUACAUGGCUCCCGAGUGGAUUUCCAACCUUCCCAUAACAUCAAAAGUGGACGUGUAUAGCUAUGGGCUUGUUGUGUUGGAGAUGUUGACUGGGAAAAGCCCAACAUGCUAUGCCUUUGAUGUUAAUGGGCUUGGCGGUACAAUUCUUUCGUGGGUGAGGCACAAGGUUAAUGGAACCUCAGAAGUGGCACCGUUGCUACAAGAGAUUAUGGACCCAUCUAUGAAAGGUGAAUUUGACAUGAAAAAAAUGAAAAUUCUUUUGGAAGUAGCCUUGAAAUGCGUAGAGGAAGAUAAGGAUAAAAGACCUACCAUGAGCCAUGUACUUGAGACGCUUCUACACCAUGACAAACAAUGAUAACUCAGGAUACCAUUAUAGCAGAACUUAUAGAUUUGGAUUGGAGAGAGCAAAGAGUUACAUGAACGGAGUUUGUAAAAAAAUGGGCCGAGUAUCUAAAGGAGCCUGGUGAGCAAUUGGGCUAGGUUCGGGGAAUAUGAACACGAUGAAAAAAAAGUUGGGGAUACAAAAACUGUGUAAGAGUUGGGACUUUUUUAGUAAGGACUUGUGCUUGGUUUUAUUUGUGCUUGUCUAUGUUUUGUUUUGUUUUGUUUUUUUUUUUUUAAUAUAAAAUAAAUA